AUAUCGCUCCUGUUUGUAUCUAUAUCCAACCAAAUUAUUAACGAACCAGAAAACCCUAAAAACUUUUAGGGUUUAUCAAAACCGUCAUCUUUUCAUCUUUCAUUUCAACAAGCAGGCAAUCCACCAUGCCGAAGCAUUAUAGGCCUGCUGGGAAGAAGAAGGAAGGUAACGCUGCUAGAUACAUCACUAGAUCGCAAGCUGUUAAGUAUCUUCAAGUCAGUCUAUCCGUUUUCAGGAGAUUAUGUAUCUUCAAAGGUGUUUUUCCGCGGGAUCCAAAGAAGAAAGUGAAGGGAAACCACCACACCUACUAUCACAUGAAAGAUAUUUUGUUUCUUAAACAUGAGCCGCUUCUUGAUAAGUUCCGUGAGAUGCGUGCAUAUGAGAAGAAAGUCAAAAAAGCAGUGUCUAAGAAGAACAAAGAUCUUGCCGAACGGUUGUUGACAAGAAAGCCUACUUACACUCUCGAUAUGCUUAUUCGAGAAAGAUAUCCGAAGUUCAUUGAUGCAUUAAGAGAUUUGGAUGACUGUCUCACAAUGGUACAUCUUUUUGCCGCUUUACCUGCUAUAGAAAGAGAAAAUAUUCAAGCUGAAAGAAUCCACAACUGUCGAGGGUUAAGCCUCGAGUGGCAGGCGUAUAUCUCUCGCACACAUAAAUUGCGAAAGGCUUUUAUAUCAGUGAAAGGGAUAUAUUACCAGGCCGAGGUUGAAGGUCAAAAAGUCACCUGGUUGACUCCUCAUGCACUCCAGCAAGUCAUGCCUCAAGAUGUGGAUUAUAAGAUUAUGCUUACCUUUUUGGAAUUUUACGAGACUCUUCUUGGUUUUGUUAAUCUUCGACUCUAUCAUUCAAUUAAGUUGAAAUAUCCACCUAUUCUUGAUCCUCGAUUGAAAGCUUUAGCAGCCGAUUUAUAUGCUUUGACGAGAUAUGCUGAUGCUAAAGAUCGAACAAUUGGAGCAAAUAACGAGGAAUCUGAGCUUAGGUUAGCACAGCUUCAGGACCAACUUCCUGCUAAUGAACCUGGUGCUUUAAUGCACCUUGUUGAAAACGUUGAAGAUGAUAACGAAGAUGAUGAAGAAACAAAAGCCUGCAAAACACUCUUUCAAAAUAAAACAUUUUUCUUGGGCCGUGAGGUUCCAAGAGAAUCAUUGCUAUUUGUGAUCACUGCAUUCGGUGGUGUGGUUUCAUGGGACGGUGAUGGAGCUCCAUUUGAGGAAUCUAACCAGGACAUCAAUUAUCAAAUCGUCGACAGGCCAACUCAAAGCCACCGGUUUAUAUCAAGAGACUAUAUACAACCACAAUGGGUAUUCGAUUGCAUAAACGCGCGAAUCAUACUACCUACCGAAGAUUACAUGGUUGGAAAGGUUCUACCACCGCAUUUGUCACCGUUUGUCGACAACGAAGCAGAAGGGUACGUACCGGAGUAUGCGGAAACAAUAAAACGGCUUCAAGCUGCCGCAAGAAAAGAGAUCCUCCCGAUGCCAGGUGGCGAACACGAGGAUCUCGAGAACGCUCAGAGUCUUCUUGCUGAGGGGGUUAUUGACCGGACAGAAGCUAAAGUAGCCGCUGAGAAAAAACAAAAGAUGGCGCUUCAGGAAAAGCAGUAUCAUCAAGAGCUAAAGAAGGAAAUGGAGGGAAUGCAAGACGCACCAGAUCGUAAUAUCGAUGACGUUAAAAACGACAGUGAAGAAAAUACGGAUAUGUCGCCGCAGCAGCUUGUUAAGGACGAUGAGAAUAUGACGAUGGUUUCAAUGUCUCGUAAGAAGAGAAGACUUUAUGAAGCCAUGAAGAUUUCCCAAGGAAGAAAGAAAGCGAACGUGGAAACUCUCGAGACAAGGAAGAAAAAUUUAAAGAAAAAUAAGAAAGUAACAUCAGAUUAAAAGCUGAUAUAUGAAUCGGGUUGCUGUCUUUACGAGCGGUAAUUUAAUUUUUGUAGCUGCUUUUAUACUGCGUGUUGUUAGCUGUUUUUUUUGGAAUGAUUCUCUUUGUUGAUCACUUACUGUUUUUGUUGGAACUUAUUGAAGUUUACUGUUUUGAAUUCCGUACAACA